CAUCUCUCUUUCCUCGUUCCUUUUCUCUUCUGUCUCCACCAAUACAAUUACAACAAACACUCAGAUUCUCCCGGUCUUUCUCCCUUCAAACGACAAAUCGUUUUCAACAUCAGCACUUUACUUUCCACAGUAACACUUACCUAUAAAUCUCCCUCAGAUAAUUUCCUUUUGCAGUGAUUUCGAUUCUUUUGUUUUUCUUUGACUUUCACAUCUGGGUUUGAUCUCGAAGACCUGAUUUUUCUUCUGUUUUUAUUGUUUGAUCUUCCUGCACUUGUUUCUAAUUUCAGAACCCAUCUCUUGAAUUUCUUGAUUUCUUUGAUUUUUGGGGUUUAAUCAGUGUUUUAGUUGGUGGGUUUUCCAUGUUCUCAUUGACCAUCGCCGAAAGUUAUAGUCUCGGGAUCGUUUGUUGACGGUUUUUGCAGUGGAAGAGUUCAACUCUGAUCGAGGAAGAAAAUUAGUUGGCCUUUUGGUUUCUUUGAAUGAAAAGUGAGAAACUUUAUAGAUGGCAAGGAAUAGAUGGGAUAGAGAAGAUGCACCAGAAAAGCACAUCGGUUUGCUUCAACUGGUUCAAAUGUUGUCAUUGCUGGUUAUUUUUGUUGCUGGUAUAAUCAUAGGCAUAGCUACAAGUCCUCACAUCAACCAAUACUUUGAUUCGCUAGCGCAGUUAACUUUCACGAACAACGUUGCUUUUCCUAAGAUAUCUGAUGAUAAUUGUACGAUUUUGAGGACUUGUGAGAAGGUUGAUUGUUUGAGUAUGGAGGUGUUUGUUCAUCCAGACAAUUUGACUCAUAGCAUGACUGAUGACGAGGUCCUUUGGAGGGCUUCUAUGUUGCCAUAUAAGAAAGGGUAUCCCUUUUAUAGAGUGCCUAAAGUUGCUUUCAUGUUUUUGACUAGAGGGCCUUUGCCUCUGUUGCCUUUGUGGGAGAGGUUCUUUAGGGGUCAUGCCGGGUAUUUCUCCAUUUAUGUCCAUACUCCUGAAGAUUUUGAGCUCAAUGUUUCCACUGAUUCUCCAUUCUAUGGAAGAAAGAUACCAAGUAAGGAUGUUGAAUGGGGAUCAAUAUCAAUGGUUGAUGCUGAGAAGCGCCUUCUAGCCAAUGCCCUGUUGGAUUUCUCAAAUGAACGUUUUGUUCUCCUGUCUGAGAGCUGCAUCCCAAUCUACAAAUUCUCUAUUGUCUACAAGUAUCUCAUUCGUUCUAAACACAGCUUUGUUGAGUCAUAUGAUGCACCUACCCGCUAUGCACGUGGUCGUUACAACCAGAAAAUGCUUCCUGAUAUUCAUCUGUAUCAAUGGAGGAAAGGGUCACAAUGGUUUGAGAUCCAACGCGAACUGGCUGUUUAUUUAGUUUCAGACACCAAGUACCACACCAUCUUCAAGAAAUAUUGUAGGCCUGCAUGCUAUCCUGACGAGCAUUACAUUCCUACAUACUUGAACAUGUUCCAUGGGUCACUUAAUGCGAAUCGGACUGUGACAUGGGUUGAUUGGUCAAUCGUUGCACCACACCCACCAACAUAUGAUGGUAUUGAUAUUACAGAAGGCUUUAUACAGUCCAUUCGGAACAAAGGGAAUCAUUGUUCCUAUAAUUCAGAGAUGACAUCUGUUUGUUACCUCUUUGCUCGGAAAUUCGCUCCAAGUGCGUUGGUUCCUUUGCUUAACCUAACCUCGACGGUAAUGGGAUUUUAAUUUUCCUUUUCAUAUCUCGGAAGAGUUAAGAUAUCAUUUCUAUAGCUGUUUGGGAAAGUUGUGGUUGUGGCUUUUAAAAAGCUACAAAUUGUAGCUUCUGCAAAUAAAGCAAGAAAGAAGCUGUGAUAUACACACCUAAAAGCCACAGCUAAAAGCUACAACCACAAUCAAAUUAUUGAUUCCCAAACGCGCACAAGUUCAUUGGUGGGGCUGCUCUCACAGCUCUCCAAAAAGUUUUGGUUUGGGGACAUUGUACAGUUAGUUUUCAUAGAGCAUUGAGGUUUUUGACCAUUGAGGAAAUUACAAUUUGUUCCACACAUUUUUGUGACAGUACUAGGCUGCUUUUCAAAGAAAAGCAGCCACAACACAGAAUUUAAUAAUUUUUUCUGCAUUUAUUCCAAUAAUGAUGCGAAAGGCACACUUGAAUGUUGAUUGAUCUCUUAUUGCUUGGA